UCGAAGUGGCUCGCCUUGUCCUCUUGACACUUGAAUGCGUUGGAAUGAAUCCGAGAGCCAUCGUUACGGUGGAGCCGGUGGUGUUCUUGUACUUGAUGUCUACCUUUCUCAGCACCUUCGGUGUUCAGCAGCUAAUAUUGGUUAAGAUUUGUGAAGAGCUACACUACAAAGAGGAUGUGUGUGGCAACCUCUCGCACCAUCCGCAGGAGUCUCUAGUGGUUCAGAGCAAAGCCUCCUAUGUUCAGCUACUCCACACGGCUGUCCUUACCUUCUUGUCCAUACCUACAUCAAUCUUACUUGGCGCCUGGUCGGAUCAAGCAGGUCGUAAGCUUGGCAUGAUAUUGCCCAGUGUCGGGGCACUAAUUGGCGGGGUUACUUUGACAGUGAUGGUGCUGGUGAAAGAAACGUCUGUGUACUGGUGCAUUUUUGCGUCUGCUUUUAUAGGAAUCUUUGGAAGUUAUGCUGUUAUUUUUCUUAGUGUCUUCAGUUAUAUGGCUGACAUCACUACUGCUGAGAACCGAACCAAGCACCUUGCCAUUGUAGAGGCAAUGACUUAUAUUGGGGCAACUGUUGGAUUUCUAUUGACUGGAUGGCUGCUUCAGAAUUUUAGCUUUACACAUGUUUUUGGUGUGUACUGUGGAUGCCAAGUACUGUCUAUUUGCUAUGUACUGCUGUGGCUGCAGGAGUCAAAUUAUUCCACUGAAUGGACACAUUUGUCUGAUGAAACUCCUCCGGCCAACACAGAUGGAAUCCUAAAACAAUCCUUGUUAUUAUAUGCCUCAAAAACAUGGGAAACUUUCUCGAAGGCACGAGAAGGACAAGAUCGAUUGAAGCUGUAUCUCAUUUUCCUUUGUGUCAUCUUGAUAUAUGUUUGCAGUGCUGGUGAACAGUCGAUUCUGAUUUUAUUCCUGACGUACCCACCACAACACUUUUCACCAGAACUAUAUGGCGUGUACAAUGCAAUUAAGAUGUUUCUUAAUCAUUUCUGGAACACUUUAAGAUGGUCAACAACACUGAAUUAAUAAAUGCAAGACAUAGUGGACAU